AUGUCAGGAUUCAGACACGCGUUUUCUUUGCCAUCCGGACAAGUUCGGGCAGCCACUCCUCCCGGCACAGUCAUUCUGACGAGCUUGCACGCCACUGAGCAUGGGGAAUCGGCUCAAAGCCAUGAACUGGUGCUUAUUCCUCAACCCACUUCGAGCCCGUUGGACCCGCUCAACUGGACAACCUGGCGUAAAGCCGCCGUUUUGACUUGUAUGUCGUUAUACGCGGCCAUCGGUAAUUUCACUUCGGCGUCUAUAGCCAGCGCCUUUCCUCUCUAUGCGACACCACUAGCCUUUAAUCCUCCGGUCUCAAUUGGAAAACUGACUCAUCUUAUCGCGGUGAAUGUGCUCAUGAUGGGCGCGGCCAAUAUCUGGUGGGUUCCUCUUGCUAAUAUCUUUGGCCGGAGGCCUAUCAUAUUGGGUAAUCUUUUAUUGCUAGUACUCUGCUCAAUGUGGGCUGGGCUUGCUACAAGCUUUGAGAACUUGUUAGCUGCUCGUAUCUUCAUGGGUAUUGCGGUGGCACCGGCAGACACAAGUAAACAGGCAUCCCAAUAUACACUGUCGUUUCAUUUAUCGCUAAUCUCGCAUGUGUCAAUUUUAGUCGCUCCAAACGUGGUCGGAGAGAUCUUCUUCGCUCACCAGCGUGGUCGGGCCAUGGGCUGCUACACCGUCUGCAUCUGUCUAGGGCCUAUCAUUGGGGGUAUUUCAGGCGGAUAUAUCGCUGGUAACAAGGGACUCGCAUGGAUUCAUUGGGUGAACGUCAUUCUAGCUGCCAUAUUAAUGAUUGCCUGUAUUGCACUUGUACCUGAGACUUUAUUUAACAGAGCUCCGGCGCCGCUCCCCAGUCAAAGUGAGAUUCCUACGACAACCGAAGGGAAGCCAGACACCGAAAUUGUUGAGAACAUGACCACAACUUCGCUCAACGAUCAUACAAAUGGGCAGACACUAUUGGCCUCUAUGCUGAAAUUGCAUAGGUAUGAAGGAGAUAUACUGCAGAAGUUCUUAGCACCUUGGAAAACACUUCUCCUGCCUGGGGUUUGGCUCGUUAUGUUUUGGUAUGCCGGGCUCGUAGGGGGCGUGGUUACUAUCACCACUGUUGGACCAACUCUCGUUGCCGGACCGCCAUACCUCUGGGGUAAUGAUUCCGGGUUGAUCAUGACCGGUGGUAUUAUUGGUGCCGUACUGGGAUUUAUUAUGACAAAUUUGAGUGCCGACCGUAUAAUCCUCACCAAAACCGUGUUGCGGGGCAGUUCUUUCGUCGAACCGGAGAGGCGCUUGCUUAUUGCGAUUCCAGGCUUGAUUUUAGCUACCACAGGGCUUUGGACAUUUGGCUUUUGUGCACAGAAUCCUGGGCCAUCGCACAUGUGGGUGGGGAUGCAGUUUGGGCUUGGAAUGCUCUGUUUCGGUUUGAUGCAAGCGCCCUCAAUCGGAUUCAAUUAUCUCAUCGACGCUUAUGGUCCACUUGCAGCUGAUUGCUUUGUGGCAGUUACUUGCAUGAGAGCUAUAAUUAGCUUUGCUUGGACGUUUUUCGCCGGUGAAUGGGUCUCAAGUGCCGGGCCUGCCACCCCAUUUGGAGUCUUUGGAGCUCUUAUGGGAGUAUUCUCCUUAUUCACUAUUCCCAUGUGGGCAUGGGGCAAGAGAACCAGGAUUGCUACUGCUAAUAUGGUCCCAAACUUUUCUUGA